UUUGUCGAACGCUGCGAGAAGAAAGGGAAGACAACAAACUUGUCUUAACAUCGAAUUAAGAUUGAACGGCCUCAAAGUCUUCCACCGAAAGAUGCCUGACUUGAAAGGGAAGGUAACUAUAAUUACAGGCGCGAGUUCUGGCAUCGGCAAGGGGACAGCUGUGGAAUUUGCCCAGCUGGGAGCGCACCUGGCUCUGACUGGGAGGAACCAGGAAAACCUGCAGGCCACAGCAAGGGCCUGUGUGGAGGCAGGGAUUCCGGAAGACAAGGUACUGGUGGAGCAAACAGUGCAGAAGUUUGGCAGGAUCGACGUCCUGGUAAACAACGCCGCUAUCGGGAAGAUUUCAACUAUAGAGACAACAGACAUGGCGGAUUAUGACAGGACGAUGGACGUCAACCUACGGAGUGUGGUCGUCUUGACUCAGCUGUGCGUGCCCCACCUCACAAAAACUCAAGGUACCAUUGUGAAUGUGUCCAGUGUUAAUGGGACUAGAGCGUUUCCGGGGCUUCUCGCAUACAACAUGAGUAAGUCUGCCCUGGACCAGUUCACAAGAUGCGUCGCACUCGAACUAGCUUCCAAGCAAAUCAGGGUCAACUCUGUCAACCCUGGUGUGAUUCUGACAGGGAUUCAGAAACGCGCAGGGCUGAGUGAAGAGCAGUAUGUCAAGUUUCUGGAGCACUCCAAGUCGACCCAUGCUCUGGGGAGGGUGGGGGAAGUUUCAGAAGUGGCGAAGACCAUCGCCUUCCUGGCUUCGUCUGACGCGUCCUUCAUCACUGGAGCCCAGGUACCCGUGGAUGGUGGGAGGCACGCGAUGUGCACUGGGUUCUGAUUAAUUAUUUUUGAUCAACAAAGUACAGCACUAGCCUUGGUACCAUCCGGAAAGAAGUUCGCUCCGGCGUUUAUUAUACACUAUGUACAGUCGCUUCUAGCUCUGGCAUUCAUUAUACGCUAUAUACAGUCGCUUCUCUGCUGUUCCGUC